AUGGCAUUGUUGUCCGUGAGGCGAAAGGAAGAAAAGAUAAGGGCUUCGGUAUUCUGGGCAAUUUUAGCUUCUGCUUUGCAGCAGCAGGAAGGUCUUUUUGCAGCAUCUCAGCAGGUAGGCGAGCACUAUACGUCAGCGCUCACCGGCGGUUACGUCGAAAACACCAAUGGGACUACGCACGACACAUUCCGGUCAACGUUCGACGCUAGCGAUUUCUUGAAUCCGUUUGAAGUGGCAGAUGAAGGAUCACCCACAGAAAUAGCGGCUGUGGAACCGACCGCUGUUGUCGGUGGUGCGGAUAUUCGAGGUUUUGGCAGCUUUCUGAAGAAAGUACGCGCCUGUUUAGCUUUGUUCAUAUGCGUAGGGUUGUUUUCACUGGCAGCUACACGGUUGCCCGUAUCACGGAAGCCAGUUGGAACCGGACCUGAUGACAAUGUUAACGGUAGGCUGCAUAAUCAGAAUGCAGCUUGUGAGGCGGCGAAGAUAGAAGAACCGCGUCAAAGGAUUAGGGCACUCCGUGGGUUGCUGCCAGUCGCAGAGGACCUCGCCCAUGCUGUGGGCACUUCCGAAGGCCGAAAUCUGCUGCUGGCCUUCAAGGAAAGCGUAGGAUGCCCAAUCAACGGUGCAACGCCGGAAAGUAUUCACGCGUCUAUAAGUUCAUCGGUGAAGGCCUUGAGUCUUCUCCAUGAGGCGGCAAUCCAGGAGGCGCAGGCGCUUGUAGUGGGUCGUGAAAGCCUGUCCAUUACGGACUUAAUGAGUGGAUGGGAAGAAAAAAAUUUAGUAGAGACUUUGCUGACAAGGCAAACUAUCAGAAUAAUCAAGCCGUUUGCCAAGACGAUUAGGUCUCUUCGGGAGAGCUCGGUGAGGCUUUCCUUGAGGCUGCAACUUGCAAGUGCCAGACUUUCCAUGGGUCGUCGUUUUAAAGACGAAAGGGACGGAAACUUGCUACGGGCUGCGGCAGCGGACCUACACUGUUUCCGCGAAGCUAUCGCAACACGCAGCAAGAGCUUUGCUGCAGCUAUUGAGGUAGUCCGCAAAAUUGCGGAAGUAGGAAGAACUCAGCAGCUGGCAGCCAGGACGAAAUUCAGAUAUCUCGCCGAGACUGAUUUAGACACCGUGAAGGCCUACGCAGCACUUGUGAAGAAACAGCUUCAAGCGGGCCACACACUAUCCGCAAGUACUGCUGAUUCGUCAGCAGAAACACAGUUAGAAUGGAUAGAUGAGCUCGUGAGGGAAACUGCCGAGUUGAUUUCUGCACAUCGCAGAAUCUUGGAGAACUUGGAAAGCACGAGAAGUCCUGGCUCAUUGCAUGUGGCUGCCGUGGCUGCCGCCUCUACUGAACAGCCAAUAGUGUUGAAUCUUGGCUCGUGUUGGGAGCUUCUGCGCUCCCUCCCUGCCCCACCGGAAGUUUUGGAUGAAGAAGGAAUGCAUAUCAUUGGGCAUAUUGCAAGCGGAGUCAAAGCUCGGUGCCAGUUGCUCACCUCUUCGAUACUCGCUAUUUCUGAAGAGGCCAGACAACAUUCAGGACUGGAGCUCUCCAUACGCAAGGAACGUCUAAGCAGCGACAUAAAGACUCAGUUGGUCGAUGGCAUCAACUCGGCAGUGAACGAUGCUGAAGCACUUUGCAAGGAGUUGGGAACACUGACUGAACUGUUCAUGGAGACAAAGCGCAUGGCAGCUGUAAGUGUGUACACAAAUCGUGCUUCCCUUGCAAUGGAGGCACUCAUUAAAGUAGAACGGAGGGCAAUGGUGCUUCUUGCAAGCUACAAUCUCAUGUUACUCUUAGAACAGGAUUUAGAAGAGCUAGACACUCGCUUUGCCAAGUUAAAAUCCGACAGAUGCGGGAUGCAGGCGGGGGAAUCGAGAGAUGAGCCUCAGCAGCUGCAGAACUACGAGAAGGCACUAAGGAGCGUACAACAUGCCCGAACAUUGGGGGACGCUGCAGCGGAAGCUGCCAAGUUGCGUCUUCUGGUUGAUAAUCUGGAGGACAUGAUGUACAAAGCGGAGACGGAGGUCUGA